GGGUCGUGUCGUGUCCCCACCUCGUCUUCGUUCUGCUCCUACCAAUUCCAGUCCCAGCCAUCCGCCCGCCCAACUAUGGCGGCAACGGCUCUGCUACUCCCCAGCCUCGCGGCGCUCACGGACACGCCGCGCCGCGCCCACAGGUUGCUGCAGCCGCAGCUCCAGCUCCAGCGCGGCUCCCUUGUCUCUCGGUCCCUCCGGCCUCCGCGGCGUCGGCGGCUCGCGGUCUCGGCCGUGCAAGAGACGAAGGAGGGGGAGGCCAAGACGGCCGACGAGAUAACCGAGAAGUACGGGCUCGAGUUCGGCCUCUGGAAGGUGUUCAGCUCCAAGGAGGAAGAGGGAGGCGAGGGGAAGAAGUCGCGGACGGACCAGGCCAAGGAACUCCUGGCCAAGUACGGCGGCGCGUACCUGGCCACCUCCAUCUCGCUCUCCAUCGUCUCCUUCACUCUAUGCUACCUCCUCGUCAGCGCCGGCGUCGACGUGCAGGACCUGCUCGCGAAGGUCGGGAUCGUGACAGGGGAAACCGGAGGGAAGGUCGGGACCUUCGCGUUGGCCUACGCCGCGCACAAGGCCGCGUCGCCGAUCAGGUUCCCGCCGACGGUGGCACUGACGCCGGUGGUGGCCAGCUGGAUUGGCAAGAUCAGGAAGGGCGGCGACUGAUGCGCCGCCACUCAAGUACACUUCUCACUGAAUCAUGUAGUCUAUGCAAAUAGCUAUACAUAAGCUUAUAUAGGUGUUCUACUAGCCGGUGCCAGCGAAUCUAUCUGGUGCUGCUUUUGUAAAAGCUGUUCGAUGACGAUUUUGAACAACCAGUAAUGAAUGACGAGUGGAGAGAGUUUUUGAACUA